UUAAAAAGGAGGAAAGAGACCAAAGACAAAACAUGUGAGCACUUCUGGUGACUUUUUAGUGUGGGAGAAGAAGAAGAAGAACUUUUAUGUCUUGCAUGCUACCUUUUUCUUGGCUCCAUGCAUCCACACAGCGAGGGAUUACAUCUGAAAGGAACGCCAAGACUCUUCUUUUUGGGGCUGCACUUUUUAUGUUCAUCUGGAUAAAAUUGUAAUAUUGUUUUUGUGCAGUUUUUUGUGGGGGGAGCAUGGUAUUUAUUUUUAAUACAUUUAUUAAUAGAUUCCAACUCGCGGCACCUGCUUUUAUGUGCAGCAUGUUUUUACUUUUCUUCUUGGCUCACGUAUGCAAGCUGUAAAUGUAAUAAACACACACAUAUAUAGCCUUGAUAUAACAUAUUUCAUUGCAGACAAGGAGAGCGGUGGGGGAUAACUUGUGGAAUAAUUUUAUUUUUGCUGGGUUUUUUUUUAUUAUUAAAAAACAAGACAAUGAAGCAUUUGCAAUUCGUGCUAGUGCUGGCCAUCGCUGUCAACGUGUGGGAAUGCGGAGAUGCGAAAUUCGGCGAGAGGGGAGCUGAGCUGAGCGCCAGGAGGCGACGGUGUUACGACGGCAGCCUGCCCAAGCGCCUCAAGAAGCGGGAGAGGAAAGUCCUGCUGGACGGCACCGGCAGCGGGGACGUUUGCCACAGGUUAUACCCGCGGGUGUCCUGCUGUCCCACCAGGAGAGCCGCGUACCAGAUCGCUCACCGCAGGGAUGCCCGGAUUUUCUCCACCAACAACACAGAAUGUGGACGUCUGCUGGAGGAGAUCAAGUGUGCCCGCUGCUCCCCCAAUGCCCAGGUGUUGUUCCACUCCUCAGACACAGACAAAAUGCCACACAGGGAGCCGGACCUUCCCCAGCUAUGCCAGGACUUCUGCCGUGAGUUCUACUACACCUGCAGAGGACACAUACCAGAAUUGUUCCAGGCUGAUGUGGACGAGUUCUGCCAAUACUAUGGGAGACGAGAUGCCAGCCUAUGCUUUCCAGAUUUUCAACGAAAGCAACCACAAGGCCAAGAUUCCAACUACUUGGGAGAUGAGAAAAUAGAAGAUAUCAGCAGGAAACACAAACACAACUGCUACUGUGCCCAGGAGGUGUUGAGUGGUCUGCGGCAGCCGGUGGCCGUUGUGCACUGCGGGGAUGGAUCCCAGCGGCUCUUUGUCCUGGAAAGGGAGGGAUUUGUCCGGAUACUGACCCAUGAACUCCAGCUGCUCAAGGAGCCCUUCCUGGACAUCCACAAGCUCGUGCAGAGCGGCCUGAAGGGAGGAGAUGAAAGGGGCCUGCUAAGCCUGGCAUUCCAUCCCAAUUAUAAGAAGAAUGGCAAGCUCUACGUCUCCUACACCACCAACCAAGAGCGCUGGGCCAUCGGGCCGCACGACCACAUUCUCCGUGUGGUUGAAUACACCGUGUCGAGGAAAAAUCCAAACCAGGUGGACACUAGGACCAUCCGGGUGCUGAUGGAAGUGGCGGAGCUGCACCGUAAACAUCUUGGCGGGCAGCUUCUGUUCAGCCCCGAGGGUCUCCUGUACAUCGCUUUGGGUGAUGGAAUGAUAACCCUCGAUGAUAUGGAGGAGAUGGACGGACUCAGUGAUUUCACAGGCUCCAUGCUGAGGGUAGACGUGGACACAGACACUUGUACAGCCCCCUAUUCCAUACCGCGGGAUAACCCCUACUUCAACAGCACCAACCAGCCGCCUGAGAUUUUUGCUCAUGGCUUACACGACCCAGGCAGGUGCACGGUUGAUCGUCUUCAGACUGAGAACGGGAGUCUCCUCAUGCUCUGUACGGACGCCAGUGACAAAAACUCCACAACUCCAAGAAUAUUGGAGAUUUCCAAAGGGAAAGAUUACGAGAAUGAACCAUCCGUCUACGACCUGCAGUCCAUUGGAGGAGCACCACCAGUGGGGGGCUUCAUCUACAGGGGCUGCCAGUCGAGGAGAUUGUAUGGCAGUUACGUGUUCGGAGAUAAGCUUGGCAACCUGCGGAUUCUCCAGAAGUCCUCUAUAACACCAUCAGCAUCGAGUGACCAGUGGCAGGAGAAACCACUCUGCUUGGGCACAGCCGGGUCCUGCGGCUCCAUGCUUGUCGGACACAUCCUGGGAUUUGGUGAAGACGAGUUGGGUGAGGUCUACAUACUGGCGAGCAGUAAAAGCAUGGCACAGUCGCACAGUGGGAAACUCUACAAGCUGGUGGACCCCAAAAGGCCCCUGGCCCCCAAGGAGUGCCAGCGUCAGGUGGAACCUCCAGAGCUGCUGAUGACAGCUUGUUCCCGGCACUGCAAGAAUGGACACUGCACUCCCACCGGCAAGUGCUGCUGCAGCCCCGGCUGGGAAGGGCCCUUCUGCCGCAUCGCCAAAUGCGAACCGGCCUGCCGCAACGGUGGCGUGUGCAUGGAGCCCAACAAGUGCCUGUGCAAGAGCGGGUACUCGGGCGGACAGUGCGAGAAGAGCGAGCGGGGCAUGCCCAACGACCAGGAGAAAGACGGCAUACUGGACCACAUCAUCGACAUGACCUCGUACCUCCUCGACCUGACCAGCUACAUCGUAUAGACGUGACCACUUUCAAACCCAGACACAAAUCUACCUAGCAACACCAGCAGACUCGAACGAGGUCUCCUUAAUUUGGCCCACACACGUGCAAAAACACAGGAUCACCCAUCACAGCUGCCUUUCAUCCACAUCACCAGACUUCAAGUGUCGUCAUUGGCCUCGAUAAGCUACUUGCGGGCUCCAGAACCAGAACAGUCCUCAGAGCCACAUGAUUUGACAUUUCUGGUCUCUUUCUGCACUCUGGACAAUAAAAAAACAAAAACGCCACAGAGGAGCAGCCAUGUUUUCAAACCUGGAGACUAUACAUGGCGAUGACGGUGAUGUCAUCAUGACUUUAGUAGACCAGAGCGUUUCUCGCUACAACUGCAGACUGUUGGACAUAGAAGAAACCUGACUCUUACGACCUGCAUGGACUCACACCGACACGUCACUUUUGCACAGUUCCGGUUCUAACAAACUUCCCAUCACGGCAAGUCACACACUGAAACUCCAAACCGCAAAAGGGAAGAGGAGGUAGCCUGGCCUGGACGUAUAUUCCCCAUAGAGCUUACUAAGUACUACUUAGCAUUGCUAAAAAAAAUUAAAAAAGAAUAAAAAGUUAAAAAGUAUAGCAUUAUUGUUAUGAUAGAGGAGGGUUUAUUUUUGUAAGUGUAAUAAUAUAUGGGAGAGAGUGAUGUUUAUAGGAAGCCGUUUUACACUAAAGCUUUUUGUGUCAUUUCAUGUUCUUGUACUUAACACACAUGCAUCUCCAUAUUCUGUUCUUAAACGCUUCCCCAACAUGUUGGCGUCAUUACCGCCGUCACUGUCGUUUUUGGACAAUACCCUCGAUUCACAGGCCGAAACCAGUGGAACCACCGGACCUGUCUCUUGGAGGUAUGUUUGAAAAGGAGCAAGUUUGCAUCCGUUUGUUACCGUCUAAUGCGACUGCGAUCAUCUGGAUCCACAUCACAAACAGCUUCACCUUUUAAAGUGCCGACUCCACUAUUGAAGUAUGGCUGUGAUUUGCUAUAGUUCCACGUUUGUUUGUUUUUUAUUCUAAGAUGUAUUUGUUGUUCACCUCGCUCGUGUUUUUGCUGACAUAAAUCAAGUCUACCUGGUCUGAACGAGUCAAAAAUGGAAUUAUAAUGGAAGGUAUAUAUGUUUUUUUUUUUGUUAGCACUUAAUGUGAACGUUGCAUUGUAGCUGCUGAGACGGCAUGGUGUGAAUAGAAUAACCAUUUUUCAUUAUUUAAGUAGUUACACAAAUGAGAUAAUUAUUUAAGUUCUCUGUCAUUGUACUGUAUGUGACCAUUUUUGUAUUCAUUGUAUUGUAAAUAAAACUUAGCGGGUAAUGUUCUUUCUCUUCAGAAAUAUCAAUAUGUCUAUUAAAAUUUAUAGCAUGUCUCAAA